AUGUCCAUGGACGACUGCUUCCUCCCGCUCCCCUCCCCUCUCCAUGACCGCUGGCGAUGCGGCUCUCACCCCUGCCUGUCCCAGCUAGAUCUGGACGACCGUGCACUCGCCGUCCCCCCGAGGCGCCUCCCUCCUCCCCUCCACCCGUUGCCUAUGUACAAGGGGAAUCCGCUGCAUGCCUUCCCAGAGGAGGAGCCGAAACAACACCAGGUCACACUUUCACACGCUGCUUCAAAGGGGAGAUAUGCAAGGUUUAAAGAGAAUAUGAAUGCCAAGCCACAGGAGACAAAGCAACAUCACCAACAAGUUGCCGUUUCAUGCGCCGCUUCAAAAGGGAGGAGUCGAGAUGGUUGGAUGUCCAAGGAGAGGAGCACUCCUGAAGGUAUCAACAUGGAGGAACAUGCUUUGAGGUUUCGGCCUCUGCCCCGACCCAAGACGCGUGGCUUUGACCGGGCUUCCAUCGGAAUUCCAGUUGUAAUGCCGAUGCGAAAGAGGAAACCUCCGGAGGUGAGGAACGCUCUCCGCGAAAGUAGAGUUGCGGCCAAACAAAAGGAUGCGCGCUACCACGCGGAGAUGGCCCUACGUAAAUAUAACAGAGCGAACAACACCAAGUUUGAUCUAGUGGAGGUAAAAGUGAUAUCUAUAUUUUACGAGUUUGGAGGGGCCGGUGCCCAUUAUAACUUCACAGCUAAGCAGCCUGAGGACGAGAAGAAUGCUGAUGCCGACAGUACCAAGCUAUUCUUCUCUGAAGUCGACCUCUAUUUUCGGAGUGAGAAUGAUGUGAUUAUGUGCUGUAUAGUUGGGGAAAAUGACGCAGGGCGUUGCUAUGGCUGUGAAAACUACCAGCCUGUUGUUCACCCAAGCAGCCAAGCAUACGGCGGCGGUAGUAGUACUUGUAUUGACCAUCCUGGUUCGGAUGGGGAUAGCGACAGCGACUAGUAAUGUAGCACUUGAAGCCUGGUGGCUGGCGCUGCCCUUGUGUGACCGGUCUUCUCCGAUGUAUAUUCACUU